CUGGCCUAGCAUCUGUCGGAGGGGAGCUUUCGGCGGUUUCCAUCGGCCUGCAGGAAGGUUCUGGAAGAGCUGGUGGCCAUCCCCGAGGGUGUCCAUGGGCCACAGCAGGGGCUGCCCGGAGAGGCCAGGCCCGCCAUGCUGCAGUGCAGGCCGGCCCAGGAGUUCAGCUUCGGCCCUCGGGCCCUGAAGGAGGCGCUGGUGUCCACUGACCCCACCUUGCAGCAGCGCUACGUGGCCACCUUCACCCCUGCCGAGAGGCUCUUCCUGGCCGAGGCCUACAACCCCCAGAGGACGCUCUUCUGCUCCCUGCUCAUCCGCUCCGCCUUCGACUGGCUCCUCAGCCGCCCUGAGGCCCCUGAGGACUUCCAGACCUUCCAUGCCUCCCUGCCGGCCCGGAGGCCGGGCCAGGCCCGCAAGCACAUCUACUUACAGCCCAUAGAUCUGAGCGAGGGUCCGGCGGGCAGUGGUUUGCUGGAGCACCUGAGGAACUGCGCGGAGGCCUUCUUCUUGGGCUUGCAGGUCCGCUGCCUGCCCUCGGUGGCGGCCGCGUCCCUUCACUGCUGCUCGCGUCCCAGCCAGGACUCGGACAGGCUCCAGCUGCACACAGACGGCAUCCUGUCUUUCCUGAAGAACAGCAAGCCGGGGGACGCGCUGUGCGUGCUGGGCCUCACGCUGUCCGACCUGUACCCUUGCGAGGCCUGGAGCUUCACUUUCGGCAAGUUCCUUCCAGGCCACGAGGUAGGCGUCUGCAGCUUUGCCCGGUUCUUGGGGGAUCUCUUGCCAUCGGGACCCCGCGCCUCUAAUCCAGCCUUGGUGGAGGUGGCCACAGACGACCCUGUGACUCCCGGGCAGGACGGAGGUCCAACUGUGUGCUUCAGUGCCCUGGGGAUGGUCCAGUGCUGCAAGGUCACGUGUCAUGAGCUCUGCCAUCUCCUGGGGCUGGGGAACUGCCGCUGGCUGCACUGCCUCAUGCAGGGGGCGCUCAGCCUGGACGAGGCCCUGCGGCGGCCCCUGGACCUCUGUCCCAUCUGUCUGCGGAAGCUGCAGCACGUCCUCGGCUUCAGGCUCGUCGACAGGUACAAGAGACUUUACGCCUGGACUCAAGCGGGGACGCGGACUCGGCCCAGCCAGGAUGCGGGGGCGGCGUCCGCUGCGGACACCCUGCCGGGCAGCACAGACUCGGGUCUGAGCUGCGGGAGCGCGUCGGAGCCGGGCAGCAGCCUGUCAGAGCCCCUAACCCCUGACGCGGGGAGCCACAGCUUCUCCGUGGGGCUGGAGCUGGAGCACGAGGAGGGGCUGGGCUCGCUGGCCAUCCCUGAGAGCCCGCCACAGCUUGGACCCCCGUGCGAGGCCAUCGAGGAGCACGGGCAGUGGCUGGCGCUGUGUAUCCAGGCCCUGGAGCGGGAGGUGACAGAGGAGGAGCUGGCGCAGGUGGACGGGGCUGUGGAUGCCUUGGCCGGGUGGGGGAUGUUUACGGGGCAGCUCCCCGCACCCCGGCCCGGCCUGCCCUGCAGACGCGACGGCCCGGGGCUGCGCAGGGUCCUGGGGGGCACGCUCUCCUCCCUGCGGAGGAAGCUGAGCACGCGCAGACUGGCCAGGGCGGGAUCGUCUCCCUGUCGCUGGAGCACGGAGGAGAAUUAACCCGGAAGCCCAACCGUCUUUCGCCGUGCACCCCCAGGAUCAGCAGCAGUCCUGGGUCCUGUCCCCAGGGUCCCAGCAGAGAGUCUUCAGGCCCAGCCUGGACGGCACUGGGGGCUCUGGGCCUCCCUCGCCCACCCCACUGGAGCAGAGGCUGCCCGGGGCAGAAGCCAGGCUGCAUGCCCGGGGGAAGUGAGGGGCUUAUGGUGUGGCCGACCCCAUGUGGGCAGGGCUGGCCCAGCCUUCUGAGCCUCAGGCUGCACGCGGUGCCUGCAGAGGCUGCCGGGCAGGGUCGCGGUGACCGAGGCCUUCCGUGUCCCUGACCUGGUCACCUGUCGUCCCCUGCAGUGGUGAGAGCAGUGUGGGCUAUGGACAAGGGGUGCCGCUGGGGUCUCAGGUCCUGGCAUUUACGGGGUCGUCACGGACUCCUAGGACUCCUUUUCAUGCAGGCUGGGCCGAGGCGGCCAGCUUAUCUGGGGUGUCUGUGUCCCUUUGCUUCUGUCACACGUUUCCUGAGCUGAAGCUUGGGCGUGCACAGGCGUCUGCCAGCUCCAUCCUAGUUCUGUGU